AUGGAGAGGUUCCUCUUCUCCCUACUGGUGCUCAGCAUGGCCGUGAGGGCCCAGCUUUGCCCGAAGCGCUGCAUCUGCCAAAACCUCUCGCCUUCCCUCGCCAUCCUCUGUGCCAAAACUGGGUUGCUCUUUGUGCCUCCGUUCAUCGACCGGAGAACGGUGGAGCUGCGACUGACCGAUAACUUCAUCACCACUGUCAGGAAGAGAGACUUUGCCAACAUGACCAGUCUGGUGCACCUGACCUUGUCCAGGAACACCAUCAGCCAGAUCAUGCCUCACACGUUUGCGGAUCUGAGAGGUCUCCGUGCCUUGCAUCUGGACAGCAACAGGCUGACUACAGUUAGGCCCGAGCAUUUCAAUGGUCUGGUAAACCUCCGACAUCUGAUCCUCAGCAACAAUCAGCUGCAUUACAUUUCUGCCAACUCUUUUGAUGACUUUGUUACAUCACUCGAAGAUCUGGAUCUCUCUUAUAACAACUUGGAGAAUCUGCCUUGGGAAACUAUUGGGAAAAUGACAAAUGUCAACACUCUCAGCUUGGACCAUAACUUGAUUGACUUUGUUCCAGAAGGGACAUUUUCCAAUCUCCACAAGCUGGCUCGAUUGGACAUGACAUCCAACAAACUUCACAAGUUGCCCCCUGACCCUUUGUUUCUCCGAGUCCAAAUGUUCGCAAAAACAAAGGGCUCUCCACUAUCAUCUCUCGUGCUCAGCUUUGGUGGGAAUCCUCUCCACUGUAACUGUGAACUGCUCUGGCUGAGGCGCCUUACAAGAGAGGAUGAUCUGGAGACUUGUGCCUCACCAUCGCAUUUAAUGGGCAAGUAUUUCUGGUUCAUCCCUGAGGAGGAGUUUACCUGUGAUCCUCCACUUAUCACUCGACACAGCUCCAAGAUCUUUGUCAUGGAGGGCCAGAGGGCGAUUCUGAAAUGCAAAGCAGUUGGGGACCCAGAUCCAUCCAUUCACUGGACCUCGCCAGAAGGACGUCUGAUCUCCAACUCGAGUCGAGCCACUACCUAUGAGAAUGGUACGUUGGAGAUCCUGAUCGCCACGCCUAAAGACACCGGGACUUUCACUUGCUUUGCCUCCAAUGCUGCUGGAGAUGCUAUGGUUGAGGUGGAGUUGAUUGUGAACCCUCUCCCCCAUUUUGCCAAUAGCACAAAUAACAUCAAAGAACCAGAUCCUGGUUCAUCUGACAUCACCACCUCUGCCAAGUCUGGUUCUCCUCCUGUUGUCAAUGACACAAAGACUCCACAGGACAAGGUGGUCACGGCAACUGACCUCACCUCCUCUUCAGUGCAAAUCCGUUGGCCCUCACAACGGCACGUCCCUGGCAUCCGCAUGUACCAAGUCCAAUACAACAGCUCCUCUGAUGAUGUACUUGUAUACAGGUAA